AUGGCGCCCAAACUCCUCCUCCUCCUCGUGCUGUGCGCCGGCGGCGUGCGAAGUGCCACCGUCUGGGAGACCUCGUACGAGUACGUGAUGAACGUGGGCAAGACGAUCGCGCCGAGCCUGCUGUCCAUAGUGCAGUGCCUGGGCGAGGAGCAGCCCUGGGCCUGCGCCCGGGACCGCGCCGGCGGCCUGCUCGACUCCUGGACGGCCGCGGUGGACUCCCAGCGCCGGGCGUGGCGAGAGUCUGCGGACGCGGAGGUGUUGUCGUCGGGGCGGGCGUUCAGCGAGCUGCCGUCGAAGCUGGGCAGCGAGAUCGAGGACUCGCUCGCCGGCGUCACUGACGUACUGCAGGCUGGGUUAGCCAGAGCGUUCUCCGCGCGCAAGCACGACAGCGGCGGCAUCGACAGCAUCACCAUCUCCGCCAACAGCGAGAAGAAGCCCAAGAAGAAGAAGCAGAAGCCCGCCAAGAUCCAGCUGGUGCAGCCCGUGAUGAUGCAUAAGACGGAGGACAAAGGUCGGGCUGGGGCGGUCGAGGGUCGCGACCUCGUGGCGGACGCAUGGAGCAUCGGGGACAAGAUGCUGGACCGGUUCGCGCAGCAUGCCCUGGACAGCGACGCGGCCGAGGACGGCGUCGCCGAUAAGAGCUCGCUGGAAGAGCAAAGGGGCAAAAAGAAGAAGAAGAAGAAGGCGAUCCUGAAGCUGUUGAUCCUGGGCGCCGUGCUGAAGGCCAAGAUCGGCACCCUGCUGCAGAUACUGUCCUUCAAGCUGCAGGUGAAAUUCUUCCUGAUCGCGCUGAUCGGUCUGGGCAUCAACCUGGCGCGCUUCUGGGUCGAGCUCAAGAACAAGCACCACCAGCAGCCGCAGAAGGUGAUCUACUACGAGCACGCGCAGCACCAGCACCACUACGACCAGCACGACCAGCACGAGGAGGAGGAGCACGGCUGGGGGCCCUGGUCGCGCAGCAUCGACCCCGAGGAGCAAGAAGCAGAUGACAGCCUGCCGUACCGCGCUUACGAGAAGAACUCACAGGCCUACGCCCCGCGGCCUCUCCUCACCCUGUCAUAACCAAAAAAGCUGACACAGAGGAUUUAAUCUUGUGUAGGAAAG